CUUUUUGAUGCUUGUAUCGCACCUGAUAUCUGCGGAGACGGCACCGGCUGUGAUAACAUGACCUGCAUCAUCGUCUAUUUUAACGACUUACAGGGUCUAUCUCGCCAUUCAUUCAGUAGAAAGCGACGACUAUCUGGCAGUGAUUCAGGCGAGGCAUCUGAGACAGAAACAGCCAUAGAACCUAAAGAAAGUAAGAGGGCUGCGAAGCAGGCAAGACAGCAGGGAGAUGAGCCUAUUGGUUGUGGAGAUUCAGACCACUCCAAUGGAAAUUAUCACGCAGAGUCAUCUAAGUCCGCCCUCAUAAUUGCUUCUUCCGGCGGCACGAAACCUCUAGAACAGUCAUCUUUUGCUUGCAAUGAGACCGGCGAUUUACUUCAAACUGCCUCACCACGUGGGUGUAAAUUAGCUCAUAAUAUUCAUUCGGGAGGCAUUUCAAGCGAUGCUUACGUUAAUGGAGAACAUGUAUAG